AUUUAACUUGUUCCUCCCGUCUCCCUCUCCUCCUCCCCUUCUUCACGAAACACGAAACAGUAUUCCAAUAUCAAAGAGCCCCAAAUUCCCGAUUGCGAGUCCGUCCCAUCUUGAUUCCAGCAGUCGUUGAAGCCGCCGCCGAUCUUUGCUGCUGACAUGGCGGCGGGAACCGAUCGCCUCUACCCUCCGAUCGAGCCGUGCGACCUGGAGCCCCCGCAGUUCGACGCCGCAGCUGCCGCCGCCGGCGAGUCCAGGGUUUGCGAUCGGCCGGUGAGGUGGGACGAAGAGCCCGACGCGUCGUCCUCCCAUGAGCUGGCCCCACACAUAUUUGAACCAGGGAAAACGGAUCAUUCUCCCAGAAAUUUCAAGGAAGGAAGUGUUAGUGUUGCCAAUGAUUAUGAGUGCAGCGAUGAGAUGACCUCCAUGAAGGAAUCCGGAGAACAUGUCUAUCACAAUUGCCCACUUCGUGAACAAACGGACAUAUGGAUACCUGCUUCUGUUCCUCCAAUGACAGAACAUGAUCACAAGGAGUGGCGAAAAGGCUUUGGCUAUAAUGGUGGGUGCUUCGCAGAAGAAGAAUAUAAGUGGGAUAUAAAUGACGAAAAUUGGGAGAUGACAAUGUGGGAUGUGCUCGCUGAGAUGGUUGUUGCAGGAAAAGAUAAAAUAUUAUCCAUUGCAUCAUAUGAUUUUGGGAGGCAUGGUAUGUCUAUGAUUUCACAUUUUCUUCUUGAGGAGGCUUUGAAGGAUAAGGCUCAAACACUGGAAGAUGCCAGUGCUGGUUCUGAACAUGCUCUCCUUCAGACAGAACCGACAAAGUGGUUGCCUGAUAGUGCUGCUCCUUCUUGCAUGCUUUGUGGUGCACAUUUUCAUCCAAUAAUUUGCUCUCGCCAUCAUUGCCGUUUUUGUGGUGGGGUAUUUUGUGCUGGUUGUUCAAAGGGUAGAAGUUUAAUGCCUCCAAAAUUCAUGACUUCAGAUCCUCAAAGGGUCUGUGAUGUUUGUGGAGUGCGUCUUGAGUGCAUUCAGCCUUAUUUGAUGAAUCAACUCAGUCGCGCUUUUCAACUUCCAACUCAAGAUUUGACAGACCUGAGCACCUUGAGGUCAUGGCUAAACUUCCCAUGGGCAAUCACAAUGGAGUAUGAGAUCUACAAAGCCGCAAAUUCUAUAUAUGGUUAUUGUAAGGUUGGAGAGCUGAAACCUGAGAAAUCGAUCCCUGAUUCAAUUCUUAGACAAGCAAAAGGGCUUGCAAUAAUUACUGAGGUAAAGGUUGGAAUGAUGCUUACGUACAAAAUUGGUACUGGACUGGUGAUUGCUCGCAGAACUGAUGGUUCCUGGUCCCCUCCUUCUGCCAUCUCUACUUGUGGUCUUGGAUAUGGAGCUCAGGCUGGAGGUGAGUUAGCUGACUACAUUAUUGUUCUUAGGAACACAGAUGCCAUUAAAACUUUCGGUGGAAAUGCACAUAUGUCAGUUGGGGCUGGCAUCAGUGCUUCUGCUGGUCACCUUGGACGAGCGGCAGAGGCUGAUUUUCGUGCUGGUGAUGGUGGUUAUGCUGCCUGUUACACAUACAGUUGUAGCAAAGGUGCUUUUGUGGGCUGCGCACUUAAUGGAAGUGUGGUAUCUACUCGAAACUCUGUAAAUGCCCGGUUUUAUGGUGGUCCUAUUAAGGCAUCAAAAAUCCUUCUUGGCUCGAUGCAAAGACCACCUGCUGCCGCCACGCUCUACAAAGCUCUAUCCAUACUGUUUGAUAAGAUCGAAAAGUAAUCCCCUUAUCUUAGUUUCUAACACACAUUAUCCCCCCUGGUGAAUCACCUCUAUGCAAUUAGUUUGCACUUUUUAUUUGUUCCUGCGUGGUGAUGAAGCAACUGUACACUUUGCCAUCCAUUGUUACAUCAAAAAGGUCUUCUAUCCAGUACCACGAAUUGCUCUGUAAAUAUUGUACAUACAAUUACAUUUCGUGAGAAAUUAAAUUAAAUUCAUCCGUUCAAUUGCUCUGAAAA